AUGAGAGGUCUGCCUUAUUCAGGAAAUAUGAGUCUAACACCAUCUUACUUCAUGUUCUUGUGCUCACUUUCCAUUUUCUCACUUUUCUUACUUUUAACUUUUCAACUCAGUUACUCUUUAUCUUCUAUGCAUCCAUUGUGUCACGCAGAUGAGAGGUCUGCCUUGUUGCAAUUCAAGGAAAGCUUUACCAUCAACUACUCCACCUGUAGAUUUUUUUAUGAUGAUUAUCUUCCGCCGGUUGCAUCAUGGACUCUUGAAAAUAGCAGUUGUUGCUCGUGGGAUGGGGUUUAUUGUGACAAGAAAAGUGGUCAUGUGAUUGGCCUUGAACUCAUCAACAGUUGCCUCUAUGGUUCCAUCAACUCUAGCAGCAGCCUAUUCCAACUUGUUCACCUUCAACUACUUGAUCUCAGCUACAAUAACUUCAACUUCUCUCGAAUCCCAUCUAGCAUAGGCAAUCUUUCAAAACUUAAAUAUCUCAGACUCUCUGAUUCCUUCUUUGCUGGUCAAAUUCCAUUGGAAAUUUCACGGUUAUCCAAAUUGUCUUCCCUUGAUCUAUCCUGCAACUCUCAUCCAUCUUCCUGCACUUUUUUUGGUAUGUUUAGUUUUGAUCCAUCUUCUAAACGGUUAUUAGAACUCAAAAGGCCUCAUUUUGAAAGCCUAGUACAAAACUUAACUAUCCUAGAAGAAUUGUCCCUCUCUUUGGUAAACAUACCUUACCCUGUACCAAGUUUAUUGGCUAAUAUGUCAUCGUUGUCCUCUCUCAUGCUCACCAGCUGUGGAUUGCUUGGGGAACUUCCGACUAAUAUUUUCCAGCUACCAAAUGCAGAAUUUUUACAUUUGGUGCAGAAUCCAGGUCUUACCGGUAACUUGCCUGACUUUAAUUGGACUAGUCACCUUAACUAUUUGUAUGUUAUGGGAACAGGAUUGUCUGGUGAGAUACCUGCUUCAAUCGGAAACCUUGGUUCCUUGGAACAAUUGUCUCUCGGUUUCAACAAUUUCUCACGGUUUGUUCCGCCUUCAAUAGGUAACCUUUCCAAGCUUACUGUUAUGGCGCUUUCAGGUAAUUCUUUUAGGGGCAAUUUACCUUCUUUUGCUAAUUUGAACCAUCUUGCUUCAUUGGAUCUAGGCUCUAAUGGUUUUGCUGGUCCAAUCCCAUUUAACCUUAUGAACCUGACCAGAUUAACUUCACUGAACCUUGAAUCCAAUAAGUUUCAAGGUCCAAUUCCAAGCUCAAUAUCUAGACUCAAGAAUCUUAUGAAUCUUGACCUUUCUUUCAAUAAUUUGAGUGGUACAAUGGAGAUAGACUCGUUGCAUGUGUUAAAAAAUUUAACAACCCUCAGUCUAUCAUUCAACAAACUAUCUUUGCUAGGAAAAAUCAAUUCCAGUGCUUCUUUUCCAAACUUAAUGACGUUGAGUUUGGCUUCAUGUAAUCUAAGUGAGUUCCCACAAUAUUUACAAAAUCUGGAUAGGUUGAUGUACGUGGACCUGUCUUAUAACAAUAUCCAUGGCCUUGUGCCCCAAUGGUUUUUGGAAACAGGUAAAGAAACCCUGCAGAAUUUGGACCUCUCUCACAACUUUCUAACAGGCUUUGACCAAUCUCCUCUUGUUCUUCCAUGGUCUAGUUUGUUAAUUCUGAAAAUUGAUUCAAAUAGAAUCCAAGGAUUACUCCCAGUUCCACCAUUGUCUACCGUGUCCUAUAUAAUCUCAAACAACUCAAUGACAGGAGAAAUCCCACCAUUGAUUUGCAAUCAAACAUUGCUUCAAGUUCUUGAUUUGUCUAAGAACAACUUAAGUGGCCAAAUUCCAGAAUGUUUGGGAAACUUGAGCAAUUCUCUGUCAAUACUGAAUUUAGGAAGCAACAACUUUCAUGGCACCAUUCCUCAAACUUGGACACAUGGGAGUAAAUUAAGGAUGAUUAACUUGGGCCAAAACAAGUUGAAGGGGCUGAUCCCAAGAUCAAUGUCAAAGUGUGCAAUGUUGGAGAUUCUUGAUCUCGGACACAAUCAAAUUAAUGAUACUUUCCCCUUUUGGUUGGGGACUCUUCCUGAAUUGAAGAUUCUCAUUCUACGAUUUAAUAAAUUCCAUGGUGCCAUUGAAAGUCCUUACUUCAAGUCUACCUUCCCUAAAUUGCGCAUCAUUGAUCUGUCUUAUAAUGAUCUUGUUGGUAAUUUGCCUUCUGAGUACUUCAAUAGCUUCAAUUCCAUGAAAAUUACAGAUGCAGAGCAAUUGGCUUACUUGCAAGCAGACAUCAUUAAGAACAAAGGUUUGAGGACAGAAUAUGCCAAGAUCAUAGCAGUCUUUGCGCUCUUGGACUUCUCAGGUAACAGAUUUGAAGGUGAGAUUCCAGAAUCCAUUGGGACGUUGAAGGGGCUUAUUGCACUCGACCUUUCCAACAACUUACUCUCAGGUCACAUCCCAUCAGCCAUGGUAAACCUAACACAACUAGAGUCCUUAGACCUUUCUUUAAACAAACUCUCAGGAGAGAUCCCUCAGCAACUAGCACAACUCAAUUUCCUUUCAUUCUUUAAUGUGUCUUAUAACAACUUCACCGGACCUGUACCGAGAGGGAACCAAUUUGAUACCUUCCUAAACAAUUCAUUUGAAGGAAAUUUAAGAUUAUGUGGAAACCAAUUAUCAAGAAAAUGUGAAGGUCCUAAAGCCUUUUUACCACCUCUUUCAGCCUCCACAGAUAAUCAGGAAUCGGGAUCUUCAUUUGAAUUUGAUUGGAAAAUUGUUGUGAUAGGGUAUGGAAGCGGUUUUAUAAUUGGAGUGGUUAUUGGACGCAUAGUGAUCACUAGGAAACACGACUGGUUUUUGAAGAAUUUUGGAAUUAGGCAACCAAAAGCCAGCAAAGGAAAAAAAAAGUAG